AUGGCUUUGUUGCACCCCUGUCUUACGAGCCCCACAAAUGCGCUUUCGUUUAUCCUUGAUGGUCCAGUCGCUGGAGAUCCGCGAGCCGGGCCCAGCGACGGCCCUGAAUUCACGGACUAUGCUGUCCGGAAAGCUCCGAAGGAGAAGGUCCACAUGGUCCGAGGCUAUCGCAACAGGCCGUGGCGGAAAAUUGACCUCAAGAGGCUGGACUUCUCCAAGGGCACCACGUGGCCGCUUGAAGACGGGUCGCUGGGGAUCGUGGACAUCACCGAUGCAGGCGACAGUGCUUCGAAAACAAAGAGGGAGCUGUAA